UGUCACUGUCAAAGUUUAAAAACCAUGCUUUUUUAGGGUUAGGAAAACUAAAUAAGAUAUUUUUCUUAACAAAACUGAAUUAAAAAUAAUUUAACUAUCCAAAGAAAAAAGCAGCAAAUAUGAAGAUUCAUCUUACACCUGAUAAAGUCAGGUUUUCAAUAUUUACUACACCCGAAAUUAAAAGAAUGAGUGUGUGCAAGAUUAUUACACCACUCAUGUUAGAUGCUUUAGGCCAUCCUUUGCCAGGAGGAUUGUAUGACAAUAAAUUAGGUCCAUGUUCUGACAAGGGUGAAUUAUGUGCUACCUGCAACAAUACUUUUACUAAUUGUCCAGGCCAUUUUGGACAUAUUGAACUGCCUUUACCCUUAGUAAAUCCUUUAUUCCAUAAAAUAAUAGGCACAAUUUUGAAAAUUUCUUGUUUAUCUUGUUACCAUAUUCAAAUUCCAACUCAUAUUAAGAAGGUAUUAUGUAUCCAAAUUAAACUAUUAAAUUGUGGAAUGGUCACAGAAGCAAUGUUAGUAGAAAAUCAAGUUACUGAAUUAGUAACAAAAUAUUCAUCAUUUGAAAAUAUUCCACCAGAAUGUUUAGCUCCAAUUUCAAAAUAUGAAAAAUUAGCUCAUGAAACUUUAGAGAGUUUAGAUGGAAAAAACAUAUUAAACCAAAACACUGAAACUCUUAGAAAUAAUUUCAUUAACAGUAUGUUGAAGGAGGUGAAAGCUAGACAGUUUUGCAUGUUUUGCAAGCACAGGAUUAAUAAAAUUCAAGCUUUGAAGAAUAAAAUUAUUUUAGUCACCAGGAAAAAUGACCUAAAUGAAUCUGGUAACAGUUUAAUGAGCCAAAAGGUUACAGGUUUAGAAUCCAAAUAUGUAAAUCCAGAUGAAUCUAGAAAAUAUAUGAGGCAAAUUUGGAAGGCAGAAAAUGAGUUACUUCAACAAAUUAUUUCUGUACUUUCUGAUAUUAAACUUGAACAUCCUACAGAUGCUUUUUACUAUGAAGUACUACCAGUUCCUCCACCUAAUGUUAGGCCAGUCAAUUUCGUAAAUGGUAGGGUAUUAGAAAACCAACAAUCAAUUGGAUACAAAAAUAUCAUGCAAAAUGUAAUUUUAUUAAGAGCAAUCAUACAAGUCAUACAGAAGAAUGAUGACAUAAAUACUUUAACUUCUGCAGAGGCAAAGGCUGCUGUUAGCUUUGCUAGGGGAAAUUCUCCAAUAGAAAAAUUAAAUAAUUGUUGGGAGGAACUUCAAAAUGAUGUGAACGGUUUGUUAGAUAAGGAGAACAAUCGCAAUAGAGAUGGGGAAGGAUUAAAACAGAUUAUAGAAAAGAAAGAAGGUGUAAUCCGUAUGUGCAUGAUGGGUAAACGUGUAAAUUUUUCCGCUCGAUCUGUCAUAACGCCAGAUCCUAACCUAAAUAUUGAUGAAAUUGGUAUACCCGAGGCCUUUGCUAAAAAAUUGACUUAUCCUGUAGCAGUUACACCAUGGAAUGUUGAAGAAUUACGAAAAAUGAUUCUAAAUGGACCUAAUGUUCAUCCAGGGGCAGUUAUGGUGGAAUACAAUGGGACUAUGAAAAGAAUAAAUGCUAAUAGCGUACAACAGCAGCAGAGUUUAUUAAAAAUGUUGCUGACACCUGAUGAUAAUAGUGGCAGAUCAUACGGGGUUAAAAUUGUACACAGGCACUUAUGUAAUGGCGACAUACUGCUUUUAAAUCGUCAACCGACUCUACACAAACCUAGUAUAAUGGCGCAUACUGCACGAAUCUUGAAAGGAGAAAAAACUUUAAGGUUGCAUUACGCCAACUGCAAGGCCUAUAACGCAGAUUUCGACGGCGACGAAAUGAAUGCUCAUUUCCCUCAAAACGAAGUUGCCAGGAGCGAAGGGUACAAUAUUGUCAAUGUUUCUAAUCAAUAUCUAGUACCCAAGGAUGGUACACCUUUGAGUGGUCUCAUUCAAGAUCAUAUGAUCGCUGGUGUGCGUAUAUCUUUAAGAGGUCGUUUCUUCGAAAAAAACGAUUAUCAACAACUGGUAUUCCAAGCUCUGUCUUUCAAAACAGGCAAAAUUACUUUAUUACCACCGGCGAUUAUUAAACCGCGUGUUUUGUGGUCAGGAAAGCAGAUUUUAUCAACGGUUAUCAUCAACGUUAUUCCAGAAGGUAGAGAACUCAUCAAUUUGACAUCUGGAUCCAAAAUUUCAGCAAGAGCUUGGAGUUCGAGACCGGCUAGAAGAUGGAAAGCAGGCGGAACACCAUUUGAAGACGAAAACACAAUGACUGAAGCUGAAGUUAUAAUACGAAGUGGAGAAUUGCUUGUUGGGAUUCUGGAUAAAACUCACUAUGGCGCCACUCCUUAUGGUCUUAUUCACUGCAUGUAUGAGCUUUACGGAGGAACCUACGCUACCCGCCUUCUUUCGUCAUUCGCCAAACUAUUUAUGAGGUUUUUGCAACAAGAAGGCUUCACGCUAGGCGUACAUGAUAUCUUGACUGUAAAACGUGCUGAUAGAAGACGACGCGAAAUAAUAAAAGAGUGUCGAAAAAUAGGUAAAGAAGCCGUAACAAAAGCCCUAGAUGUGCCAAUUGAUACGCCCGAUGACGAAGUAGUCGAAAAAAUCGAAGAGUUAGUGGUUACCGAUGCAAAAAUCAGGACGGUGAUAGAUCGACAGUACAAGUCUGGCUUGGAUUCAUUUACGAAUGAAAUAAACAGGACUUGUCUUCCCGCCGGUCUAGUUUGCAAAUUUCCACAAAACAACCUACAAUUGAUGGUCCAAUCAGGCGCUAAAGGAUCUACCGUAAACACUAUGCAGAUAUCUUGUCUGCUCGGCCAAAUAGAAUUGGAAGGCAAACGACCGCCUGUGAUGAUUUCUGGAAAAUCAUUGCCUAGUUUUCCAGCUUUCGAGUUUUCGCCGAGAGCUGGUGGUUUUAUAGAUGGACGGUUCAUGACCGGUAUACAACCGCAAGAGUUCUUCUUUCAUUGUAUGGCUGGACGCGAGGGUCUUAUUGACACAGCUGUUAAAACAAGUCGUAGUGGUUACCUACAAAGAUGCCUCAUUAAACAUUUGGAGGGACUUAAAGUUGGAUAUGACAUGACUGUGAGGAACAGUGACCAAAGUGUUAUUCAGUUCUUGUAUGGUGAAGACGGAAUGGACAUAUCGAGAGCGCAGUUUUUUAACCAAAAACAAAUGAAUUUUUUGGCUGAAAAUGUCAAAGUUCUCACUCAAACUGACGUCGUAGAACAGGUUAAAAGCCACGAAAAUCAAAAAGCAAUAAAAAAGCAUAAAAAGAAGAUAUCUGACUGGAGAAAAAAACACGGUAAUCCACUGUAUUAUAGAAAAAAAAGCCCUUUUACAUUUUUCGCUAGAUACGUCAAAAAUAAAGUGGGCGAUACAAAGAAGUUAAGCACACAACAAUUAUCACAACUUUGGUAUGAAUUAGAUCAAGAAAUAAAAGACAGUUUUACUGCUCAAUGUGAACGAUGUCCAGAUACGGCGGAAUCUAUAUAUCAACCUGAUGCAAAUUUUGGAGCGAUCAAUGAAAAAAUCGAAAGCCUUAUCGACAGUCAUGCGAAUUUCAAACGAAAAAAGAACAAAAAGGAGUUCCAAGACGUUAUAAAAUUGAGAGUUAUGCAAUCAAUGUGCGCGGCAGGGGAACCAGUCGGUUUACUAGCAGCUCAGUCCAUCGGAGAACCUUCCACUCAGAUGACGCUCAAUACCUUCCAUUUCGCCGGUAGAGGUGACAUGAACGUCACUCUGGGUAUUCCCAGAUUGCGAGAGAUCCUAAUGAUGGCAUCCAAGAACUUAAAAACGCCCUCCAUGGAGAUACCUUUCCUGAACAUUCCCCAUUUGGAAUUUAAAGCUAACGAGUUACGUAAAAUGUUGACCAAAGUUGUUGUAGCUGAUGUUCUGGAAACUAUCGAUGUCACUGCUGAGUUACAGAUAAAACCAAUUAGGCAACAUAAGUACACGGUGAGAUUUAACUUUUUGCCAAAAAAAUACUACAGUAUGGAUUACUGCGUAAAACCGAGGAAUAUUUUGAAUCACAUGAAAAAGAAGUUUUUCAGCGAAAUGUUUUCGGCCAUCAGAAAAGUCAGCAAAGUUAAUUCGAAUAUCGUCAUGAUGGAAGAAGAAAAAUCAAGGCGUAACGUAGCUAACAAUAAAGAAGGCGAUGAACGGUCUGAAAUAAAUGAAGGACCCAACGAUGACAACAGUUCUUCCGAAGAUGAAGUCGAAGAUCAAGAAGAUGCUAAACAGACGCACAAGUACCAAGAAACGAGAGACGAUUUAGAGCCGGAAGAUGAUGAGAAACAGGUUUCCGAUGAUGACGAUUCUGACGAUGAGAACACUUCAAGACCGGCCGAAGAGCAAGACACUCUAACGCAACAAAAUAAUGUGGUUGUCGAUUCUUACAAUUUUGCUCAAAGUUAUUAUGAAGAUAAACAGAAAUAUCUGUGGUGUGAAAUAACAUUUGGGUUACCUCUGAGUUUCAAAAAAUUGGACUUGACUGCCAUUUUGAAAGACGUCGCUCAGAAAUCCGUGCUAUUUGAAACGCCUCAAAUUAAGAGAGCAAUUACUUAUGUCAAAGACGACAAAUUAAUGUUGAGAACAGAUGGAAUCAACAUUGUCGAAAUGUUUAAGUACAACACUUUGCUCGAUUUGGGUCAAUUAUAUUGUAACGACAUUCAUAAAAUAGCGGAAACAUAUGGAAUCGAAGCGGCUUCAAAAGUCAUAGUGAAGGAAGUCAAAGACGUAUUUAAUGUGUACGGAAUUAAAGUCGAUCCCAGACAUUUGUCGUUGAUAGCUGAUUACAUGACAUUUAACGGCACUUUUGAACCGUUGAGUAGAAAGGGAAUGGAAAACAGUGCUUCGCCUUUGCAGCAAAUGUCAUUUGAAUCAUCCUUGGUAUUUCUACGAAAUGCUAUAAUCAGAGGACGUCAAGAUGAUUUGGAGAAUCCCUCUAGCAGUUUAAUGUUAGGAAAACCAUGUAGUACUGGAACAGGUGCAUUUACAUUGCUACAUAAAUCAUUCACGACAGUUAACUAAUUUUAUUCUUUUUAUUAAAGUUUUGUGUUUGAAUUUACGUUUAUAUAAAAGUUAUAUUUUGAA